CGCGGCGCGCGCGGAGGCCAGGCGGUGGGACUGAGGCCGGGAGGCCGGGGCGGCGGGCGCAGCUCGGCGGGAGGCGGGCGCCCGGAGACGCGGCUGGGGCCCGCGCGGCCGGGGCGCCGUCCCAGGGCAGGGCUGCCCGGCCCCGGCCCUGGGCCCGGGCCGCCCGCGCUGCCCAUGAAAAACCAGCUCCGCGGCCCCCCAGCGCGGGCUCACAUGUCGGCUUCGGGGGCUGCGGGGGCUGGGGACACCCGGGCGGGUUCGGAGCCCGGCGCGGGGUCUGGGUCUGGCGCCGGCACUGGGGCGGGCGCGGCGACCGGAGCGGGAGCCAUGCCCUGCAAGAGCGCCGAGUGGCUGCAGGAGGAGCUGGAGGCGCGUGGUGGCGCGUCCCUGCUGCUGCUAGACUGCCGGCCGCACGAGCUCUUCGAGUCGUCGCACAUUGAGACGGCCAUCAACCUGGCCAUUCCGGGCCUCAUGCUGCGCCGCCUGCGCAAGGGCAACCUGCCUAUCCGCUCCAUCAUCCCCAACCACGCCGACAAGGAGCGCUUCGCCACACGCUGCAAGGCAGCCACCGUGCUGCUCUACGACGAGGCCACAGCCGAGUGGCAGCCGGAGCCUGGCGCCCCCGCCUCUGUGCUUGGCCUGCUCCUGCAGAAGCUGCGCGACGACGGCUGCCAGGCCUACUACCUCCAAGGUGGUUUCAACAAGUUCCAGACUGAGUACUCGGAGCAUUGUGAGACCAACGUGGACAGCUCUUCCUCACCUAGUGACUCACCCCCCACCUCGGUGCUGGGCCUGGGGGGCCUACGCAUCAGCUCUGACUGCUCAGAUGGCGAGUCAGACCGAGAGCUGCCCAGCAGUGCCACCGAGUCAGAUGGCAGCCCUGUGCCGUCCAGCCAGCCAGCCUUCCCUGUCCAGAUUCUGCCCUACCUCUACCUCGGCUGUGCCAAGGACUCCACCAACUUGGAUGUGCUCGGCAAAUACGGCAUCAAAUACAUCCUCAAUGUUACCCCUAACCUGCCCAACGCCUUUGAGCAUGGUGGGGAGUUCACCUACAAGCAGAUCCCCAUCUCUGACCACUGGAGCCAGAAUCUCUCCCAGUUCUUUCCCGAGGCCAUCAGCUUCAUUGAUGAGGCCCGCUCCAAGAAGUGUGGUGUCCUGGUGCACUGCCUGGCAGGCAUCAGCCGCUCAGUGACAGUCACUGUGGCCUACCUGAUGCAGAAGAUGAACCUGUCGCUCAAUGACGCUUAUGACUUCGUCAAGAGGAAAAAGUCCAACAUCUCGCCAAACUUCAACUUCAUGGGGCAGCUGCUGGACUUUGAGCGGACGCUGGGGCUAAGCAGCCCAUGUGACAACCACGCGCCCACUGAACAGCUCUACUUCUCCACUCCCACCAACCGCAACCUGUUCCCACUCAACACACUCGAGUCCACGUGAGGCCAGGGCCUCAGGGUCUUGGGAGGCCCAGCCUGCUGCCGUUGGCCUGAGGAACCCACACAUGUCGCCUGCGCCUGGAGGCCAGGCCGGGCUGUACCCAGCUCCCUUGCUGUCUUGUGGGGCAGGACUCACCAGCAGGACCCCCUUGCUGCAGAGGCCUGGGAUCUCAGCUUCGUGGCUCAGUGGGCCUCAUCUUGUUUCCCAGGACACCCCGUUAUGCUGAUGGCCCAGCCCAUCUGGCUAUUUUUAAAGACAUAUCCAUGGACCUAAGUUUACUUUUUACUUUUGGCAGGUAAAUCCAAGCUCCCUGGAGUUCAGAGUAUAUUCAAACUCUUCUUGAUUUUUCUUUCUUUCUUUCUUUUUUUUAACGAAAAGUGUUAUUUUCAGGCUACAUGCAACAGUGGAUUGUAUAAACCAAUGUUUCAUGCCUUUCUUGAUCCCGAGGAGGAGAGAAAGAGAGAGAGCGAGAGAGGGACAUGUUCUCCUUUUGUUUUUCUUCCUAUUUCAAAAAGCAGUUAUUGGUGUGUUUUGCUUUUGUUCUCAAUUGAAAAGACAAACCCCGUGUUGAUCUUGACCAAAUGCAUUUUGCACACGUGUGAAGCCUCUGUUUCUCCACGAGGCCCUCUGGCAGGGGCUGCUGCUGUGCUCCAGGAGUCAGGGCCCUGUUGUGCCAUCCCCCGUGGUGGGCCAGUCCUGCAUGGCACCGCCUCCCCUGUACUGACUGUUGUAAGUGUGCUUAAUGGGCUGGGCCAGUCCCCUCAAUGGUCCUGCAGCCCUCCCUGAGACAGAAGAUGGGGGGCCUGCCUCUGCUCUGCUGGGGGGACUGCCAAGCAGUAGCAUUGACCUUCUGGGCCCAGCCUUCAGAGGCUGAACCCUGGGUCCUUUUCUAAAUUUACCAUGACUUCUAUGUUUGCUCCCUCUCUCUAGCUGGGAGUGAAAGCCAGUGUCUGAGAAAAGUGUAGGUGGUAGGGCCCAGCCCUGCAUCCCUGAUUCUUUUCCUUAUCCUGGCUGAUGCUUUGGUCCAGCCACAGCUUCCGGUCAGUGCCCUGUCCCGUGGAAACCUGCCCCACUCACGUCUUGCCCAUGCCUUCAAACACCAGGAAACUUCAUCCAUUCUAACCCUGGGGCAGGGGCAGAUGGGGCAGUGAUGGCCACGUGGAAGAGGUAUGAGGCUCUGUCCACCCCAGCAUCCAUAGAACAAAGCCACGGAUUCCGUUAGCCGCCUCCAGUUUCGUUACUUCUCCAGCCUCAGUUCUACCCAGGGGUCGGGCGCACAGGACCCAGGAAGGGGUUAGCCAUGGAGCUGUGUCCCUGACUGAGCCAGCACUCAGCGUGCGAGCAAGGCCACGGAAACUCUGCCCCCGCUGCAUCUUACCUCACAGGGUGGUUUUCAGGGAUUUUUGGGGGCAGCGGAUUAAAAUCUUGCCACAGUUGAGAGAUUGACACAAAGCUUCCAUGCUGUACGUGGUUCUCUUUCUCUCUAUUUUUUAAAAAAAAACCCAGAAAGAUAUGUCUGAUUUGUGUACAUGAUAUGCCAGAGGGUGGCCAGUUUUCUUUGAGUUUAUGAAGGAAAAUUUGUGACCCUACAUAUAUGUAUAUAUAUACAUACAUAUAUAUGUAUAUAUAUAUAUACAUACAUAUGUAUAUAUAUAUAUAUCCCGAACCAGCAACAGGACUUUGUUUAUAUUGCAAAUAAAUAUUAUUUUUUCUUUAAAA